GCUCUUUUAUGAGGCUGCAAUGGCUUUGUCAUCUGUUCUAUCCAGCAUCCAUCUGGACGGCUUCACAACUCAACAUAUGAGACGACCACAACUAAUGCGACCCUAUAAAAUCACAUCCGUGAAUCCCCUCGGCAUGAUUACAUUCACCGUCACGGAAGCAAUCCAGCUAAAGUUUGCAAGAGUAACACGGGGAAUCCAUUCACUAUGGGAUGUGCCCAACCACGCAGCAUUUUGUGUACAUCACAAUCACCAAUCCAACCAAACACGCCUUUCUUCCCUUCAUUGGCCUUCCUUCAAACCACAUUCACGCGUGAGUAACAGUAUCAAGCUUGAUCAUUUGCCACAGCAAACUCGCCAAAAUGCCCAAAAGGGCCGCGGUGUUUGGAAAGCUUGCUUCCGCCAUGGAAUUCGGCUUUCAAGGUAUUCUCGACCAGCAUACGCAACACAUGGAGAUCGGAUUUAACUACGUCUUCGAGGCUAUCUUGAAGCAUAGCAAGUUGGAUAUCACCUUGAUCCGCAUCAGCAAUGUAACUGAAGCAUCCUUCCACGUCUCCCUCGAGGCCCGAGCCUCUAACACGGGACCGGCCAAAGCCACGCUCGCGCCUAUGCCAGUCGAGCUCUGUGGUCCCCUGGGCCGAUUCGGGACGAUCACGCUUCCGGGCUUCAACACCAUGCCCGGCGGAGCCUACAUCGCGAUCCAGAACCAAUUCGUCGAGAUCACAGACAAGACCGCGCUCCUCGCCUUCAUCAACACAGUGCUGAAAUCCAAAAGCGCAAUCCUCUCCCUCAAGAACGGCCGAGGCGCAAUCACCGUCGCCGCCUUCGGAGUCGGCCCCCGCGCGCUUCCCUACGAGCGGGACAUCCCGAUCCCCGGGAUGGACCUAACCCACGUCAGCGUAACGCGCGCCUCAACCAACGCGCGCCCAACAACAUCGACCAGUCUCAGCACAAUCAACACCCCGCUCUCCAACCGCACAAACCUCACCGUAACCUUCCACGUAAAGAACCCGUCUCCCGUCGAGCUCAGCUUCAGCAUCUGCGAGUUCGAGAUCCGCAACGACCGGGACGACGUCAUCGCCGCGCUCAAAGGCCGUCUCGACAUGCGAUCUAAGGACUUCGAUGUCACGCUCCACGGCGCGGCGGACAAGCGCGCUGCGCUCACGCUUGAGGAGGGGAAGGCGAGGCUUGUGGGGAAGAGAUGUGCGGGCGCGGGAUGGUGCGAUGAGACGGUCAAGGGAAUCGAUGUUCCGAUUGUGGAUGUUUGGAAGCUCCGCAAGGAGUUGGAUCUCGAUUAUGAGGAGCCGAGGCCCGAGGCGUCGCGCGUGUUUCGCUGGCGAGGAAGGUGGUUUAUGAGAGGUGGCCAUGUUUAA